CUGAAAUUCUUAGAGUAAAGUCAUCCAACGCUACAAAAAAAACCGCCCACGCACGAUUUGGAACAAAUACAGUUUUGUCAGUAUCAACGAAAAACAGUGGCAGUCGAAAAACAGUUCCAAUCGUUGAAUUUGAAUAGAUGGCAUCCAGUCCGAGAGCCGGCGGGGCAGCCCAGCGCCCAAAUGGUGCCACACAGAACAAAAUCUGCCAGUUCAAGCUCGUUCUGUUGGGUGAAUCAGCAGUGGGUAAAUCGUCCCUUGUGUUACGCUUUGUCAAAGGACAGUUUCACGAGUAUCAGGAAAGCACUAUCGGUGCUGCUUUUCUAACACAAACUUUGUGCAUUGAUGACACGACAGUAAAGUUUGAAAUUUGGGAUACUGCCGGACAAGAAAGAUACCAUAGUUUGGCCCCAAUGUAUUACCGUGGCGCCCAAGCAGCGAUCGUGGUUUACGAUAUACAAAACAGUGAUAGCUUUGCGCGAGCUAAAACGUGGGUCAAGGAGCUUCAAAGACAGGCAUCUCCAAACAUUGUGAUUGCAUUAGCCGGGAACAAGGCCGAUUUGGCGAAUAGUCGCGUGGUAGACUAUGAAGAAGCCAAGCAAUACGCGGACGACAAUGGGCUGCUGUUUAUGGAAACUUCGGCAAAGACGGCAGUCAAUGUGAACGAUAUAUUUCUUGCAAUAGCUAAAAAGCUACCUAAGAAUGAAGGUGCUGGUCCGCAGCAAAAUAUUAGACCAACGCAAAAUGAAACAAACCGACAGACCAGUGGUUGCUGCAGCAAGUGAUGUUCUUCAUCCGUGCGCUGUCCGAUGGAUGGAAGUGAAAGCUUCUGCAUGAAAUAUUGUAAAAUGGUAAUUAGAGUUAUGCUGGGGUUGACGGUCAUGAGAAAAAGGAGUAUGAUAAAGUUGAUGAUGAAAUUGUUAGGAAGUAAGAUCGAUUCCAAACUAGUAAUGGCAUACCAGGAAACAGUAAUACAUUAUAUUUAAAGGAUCAAACCCAACAAAUAAACUUGUAGACAAGAAAACUA